AUGCCGUUCCUACCCGAGGUCCAAGUGAUUGAUGGACAAAAUAUGCUAAUGGAGACACUUGGCUCGAGGACGAAGUAUGUCUGCCAUUACCGAGCUCUACAGCAGGCUGUGGAACACGGACUAAUUCUCACCAAGAUCCACAGAGGAAUCAAGUUCAAGCAAUCCCCAUACAUCGCUCCUUAUGUCGAAUUGACCACCAAAAAGAGGAUUGAGUCAGGCAACCCAUUUGUAGAGGAAUUUUGGAAGCUUAUGAACAAUGCCUUAUACGGGAAGACUUGUGAACGAGUUGAAAAAUGGAUCCGAGUAGUAGUUCCAACGACUUGUGAGCAAGCUAGCAAACUAUCAUUUAGCCCGCAGUUUAUAGACAGUUUUGAUUUUGGUGAAAGUCUUGUAAUGUAUAAUAUGGCCCCGAAGACAAUCAUUUUUGACAAACCCAUCUUCAUUGGUGCAGCAGUCCUUGAUUUGAGUAAAGUCCACUUAUUUUCUUUUUACUAUGAUGUUCUAAAACCUAAAUACGGGGACAACAUACAAAUCAACUACAAAGAUACCGAUGCAUAUGCUAUGACUAUAUUCACUCAAGACCUAUACAAUGACAUAGCUAACGACCCCAAAAUUUUGAAUGAGCUUGACACCCGGAAUUACGACCCUAAACAUCCUUUACAUUCUUUAAAAAAUAAACUGGUCCUUGGUAAGUUCAAAGAUGAACUAGCACCCAACAUUUUAACAGAGUUUGUCGGUCUACGCAGUAAGGAGUACGCCACCAAGAAGUUUGAUGUAAAGAAGAAAAUCGAAGAAACAAACAAGAAGAAAAGCAAAGGAACACAGAAGAGAGUAGUACAGAAAGAGGUGGACUUUGAAGACUAUAAAGAUAGCCUCUUUAAUACACGACCUAAGGAAGAAAAAACUAAAACUGGACUAUGCCCACUGGCCACUGUAAUUGACACGAUCUACAUUGUGCUAGUUUUGGUCCACCCUGGGGGUCCAUUCCCAGUACCCGCCAUGUCUGACGAGCCUUCCCCUAUCCGCCACCUGGGGAGGCGCCCGAUAGGAGACUAG